AUGGCACCACAAAAUGAAAGUCCUUCGCUUAGUGCAUUUUCAAGCUUCGCAGCUCUCGAAAACACACAACAGGCUGUUCUACAAGCUAUAGACAACGCUACUUCUAAACAGCUUGCGUUCAAUACCCUUAACAUUCCGUUAUAUGCUGCAGUAGCAUCUGCGGCUUUCCUUUCAGCACAGGUUCUGCAAGCUUUUUUGCAGGCGAAAGUUGUAUCAGAGGAUCCUGUAUAUGCGGAUGAUGCAGACGACAGAAUUGGUGGUUUCGUAGAAACGAUGGGAUACUUCGAAAAACAUGUCUCGCAGCUAGGUGGGAGGAAAAUCUUCAUAUCCCGUGUCCUCAGGCUUUGUGGAUGUCUCGCUUUGUUGGGGUUGUCCAUCACAACUGUCGGCGUCAAUGUGACGAUGCCCUUGACUUUCCUUUAUGCAUCCUUAUUGGCGAUCGUCUCUGUGACUGCAAGUAAACGAUGGAGCAGAAUCGGGAUCCGACACAUGAAUGUAGUCUUGUUAUCAACCUCGGCGGUAUAUGUCUACCGUGAUAUUGCCCCGUUGGCCACGUUCGACCGCAUACCCCAGGACAGUUGGGAAGGACCCCUUCUGUGGAUCAAAAUGGGAAUCCUUCUCUGCAUUGCGAUAUUGAUACCUCUAACCAUUCCGCGAGAGUACACCCCCGUCGACCCCAAGAACCCGAUGCCCAUCCCCAAUUCAGAGCAGACGACUCCAAUCCUCUCAUUAGUGCUGUACACCUGGCUCGAUUCUCUCAUGAUAGCAGCCUAUCGCGUGGCCCAUCUAUCGUACGAGCAGCUGCCACCGCUUGCAGAUUACGACAGGUGCCGAUACCUGAAGGCGAAAGCGUUCAAGUACCUCGAUACCUUCUUGGGGGCUAAGGAGCAGCAUGUAUUCUUCAGUCUCGUCCGUGUCUUUGCAUGGGAAUUGGCCAUCAUGGCUUUCAUGCUCUUCAUCGAAGCAUGUGCCCACUUUGCUGCACCUAUAGGAAUCAAUCGUCUACUCCACUACAUCGAGAAAGGCGAAGAAGAGGCCCAGUAUCGUCCUUGGGUGUGGAUUGUCUGGAUUUUUCUGGGUCCCACAGUUGUUUCUCUCGCAUCUGAAUGGUAUCUCUUCAUCAACACCCGAGUUCGUGCUCAUUCCGAAAUCAUUGUCACACAGCUUGUAUUUGAACAUGCGCUUCGUAUACGCAUGAAGUUCCAAUCGCACGAUAUUGGAUCUGCCGAGGCGACACCCGGAGACAUGACACCUGACGACAGCUCUCAUCCAGGAAUAGAGACAACACAAGGAACCGAGAGCUCUACAGGAGAAGGAACUAUACCAGGAAGUAUAAUAACGUCCAAAGGCAAUGUAUCUAAACCUCCGGUUGAUACACCUACGGCACCAACAACUUCGCCCUCUGCUGACGCGCAAUCCGAAGUAAAGAAUUUUGUUGGAAGAAUCAAUAAUCUGGUGACCUCCGACAUGGCAAAUAUCGUCGAGUGCUCACACUUCCUUCGGUUGUUCGUCUACUCACCAUUAGAGCUCGUUUUCAGCAUCUGGUUUCUGUAUGCCGUAUUGGGAUGGAGCUCUUUCGCUGGACUAGCCGUUAUCGCAAUUACAGCACCUUUGCCUGGAUACCUCGCCAAACGUAUUCAGACCGUACAGAAAGCGACUUUGAAGAAUACUGAUGGUCGCGUCCAAGUCGUUACAGAAUUCGUGAAUAUUCUUCGAAUGAUUAAGAUGUUUGGUUGGGAAGGUGAGAUCAGCAAACGGGUUGCGGGACGGCGAGAGGACGAGCUAGUGUGGAUUAAGAAGAAACAACUGCUUGACCUUGUGACGAAUCUUCUCAAUACUGCCAUUCCGGCUUUAACCAUGCUUACCGUCGUGAUGGGAGAAACACUGGACGCUUCAAAGGUGUUCUCAAGCAUGACCAUCUUCGACAUGUUUUCUGGUCAGCUAAGCCGGUUGCUCCGUAUUCUUAACACAUGUGCUGUCGGGAAAGUCUCUCUGGACCGAUUGACUGAUUUCAUGCAGAAGACGGAACUGCUGGAUACCUUCUCGGAGAAGAAGUUCAUAGAACCAGUCGGUAUUGAAGAUCGGGAGGACAUUGGUUUCCACCAGGCACGUUUCUCGUGGAUGAACAGUCCUCCUUCAAAACGCACCUUCCUCCUACGCAUCGAUGAAGAGCUCAUAUUCCGAAAGAAUUCCAUCAACCUUGUCAUCGGCCCUACCAGAUCAGGAAAAACCUCGCUGUUGAUGGCUCUGCUCGGUGAAAUGCACUUCCUCCCUUCCGAUCCUACUUCAUGGUUUAACUUACCACGAAACGGCGGUGUUGCCUACGCAGCUCAAGAGUCCUGGGUCCUGAACACGACCAUCAAAGCAAGCUGGACUAUCUCCUGGAGUGGCAAUGAAAACAUUCUUUUCGGUGCUGAGUUUGAUGAAACGCGAUAUGAAGAAGUCAUUCGUCUAUGCGGCCUGGAGCGGGAUUUGGCUUUGCUUGAAGCCGGCGAUGAGACGGAGGUUGGCGAGAAAGGGGCCGAUAUCCUUAUUUUUGACGAUGUCCUGGCUGCAUUGGACGUGUACACAUCGAAAUGGAUUGUAGAAAAAUGCUUACAAGGCAAUUUGGUAAGAAAUAGGACCAUCAUCUUGACGACUCAUAACAUCGCCUUGGUUGAACCGAUUGCCGAAUUCGUCGUUUCCUUGAAGAAUGGACGUGUCGUUAGCCAGGGGACGCUCAAGGCACUCCUUUCAAAGGAUCGGACUCUCGCGGAAGAGGCACGACAAGAGGAAGAAGCUCUGCACCAGGCGGACGAGGAAGUAGCAGAGACACUUGAUGCAGGAAUUGAGAAGAAAAAGAAACCUGAUGGGAAAUUAAUCAUCUCCGAAGAGAUACGCCAAGGGCAUAUCGGUUGUUCUUCAUUCAAGUUGUAUCUCGCUUCUCUUGGUGGCCGUCACGUUUUCUUAUUCUUCGUUUCAUUCCUUGGUGCAUUUUCGAUACAGCAGUUCGUGGUAAUUGUGCAGACGUGGUAUCUGGGCUACUGGGCGUCACAGUACGACGACCACAAGCCUGCAGACGUUCCUGUUUUCUUCUACCUUGGAGCCUAUAGUUCUCUACUUCUACUGGGAUUUGUUCUCCACGCUAUCACCUAUGUGGUGUACGUGUUUGGGACCAUCAGAGCCUCGCGCUCGAUUCAUAAGAGGUUGAUGGCAUCCAUUCUGAGCACGACAUUGAGGUACUUGACUCCCGUCAUCUGCAUGCUUGCUUUCCAACGAUUUUAUAGAUGGCUUGAUAUAACCCCAACUUCGCGAAUCAUCGCGAGAUGCACCCUAGAUAUCCGUGCCAUUGAUAGCAUGCUUCCCACUUUACUGUUUCAUCUGACCUCAAUGUCCAUGACGAUGCUUCUCAAAUUCUCUGCGGUCGUUGUUUUCUCCCCCGCAUUUUUGGUGCCAGGUCUCAUCAUGGGUAUCGCCGGUUAUUGUCUGGGUCAAAUAUACAUGAAAGCUCAGCUACCCGUUAAACGGGAGAUGUCUAACGCGAAGGCCCCCGUUUUGGGACACUUCGGUGCUGCCAUCGCUGGAUUAACAUCGAUCCGGGCCUACGGGGCUGAGAACGCAUUUAUUCAAGAAUGGGUUUAUGUCCGAGCAGAUGCCUUAGGUGCGCUGUUUUCAGCCAGCCUUGCAGCAUACCUCGUCUACAUUCAGAACGCUCGCACUUUCAACGUUGGGUUCUCCUUGGACAUGGCUGUCGGGUUUACCUCCAAAAUACUAUUCUGGGUCCGUUUCUUGAACAGAUUUGAGAUUGAAGGCAACAGUCUAGAGCGAAUUCAGUCAUAUCUCAAUGUAGACCACGAAGAGAAACCAUCGAAAGUUCGGGAGCCUCCAGCGUCGUGGCCCACCAGCGGAGAACUACGGGUUGAAAAACUGUCUGCGAGAUAUUCUCCAGACGGCCCAAAAGUUCUGCACGACCUCUCGUUCACUGUCCAUUCAGGAGAACGUAUUGGUAUAAUCGGGCGCACUGGGUCGGGAAAGAGCUCUUUGACACUCUCCUUACUUCGCUGCAUCUAUACAGAAGGAACAGUGUACUACGAUGGUAUCCCAACAAUGGCAAUUAAUCUUGAUGCCUUGAGGUCGAGGAUCACCAUCAUUCCGCAAGUACCUGAGCUUUUGAGCGGGACCUUGCGACAGAAUUUAGAUCCUUUUGACCGGUGUGAUGAUGCUACUCUCAACGAUGCCCUUCGUGCAGCAGGUCUCUUCUCAUUGCAAGGCGAGAUGGACGAAGGCCGUAUCACGCUAGACAGUACCAUCGCCACUGGAGGGGGCAACCUCUCUGUAGGACAGCGACAGAUUCUGGCGUUGGCCCGAGCACUAGUCCGAGGAAGCAAGCUGCUUAUCCUCGACGAAGCAACUUCUGCUAUCGACUACAAAACCGAUUCAAUUAUCCAGUCCUCGCUGCGUAAUGAACUUGGUCCUGACGUGACCUUGAUGAUUGUGGCACAUCGACUUCAGACAGUGAUGGACGCCGACAAAAUAAUGGUUUUAGAUGCCGGUCAUAUUGUCGAGUUUGACACACCCCAAAGGCUUUUGAAAGAUCCACACGGAAAAUUGAGAUCCUUGGUGGAUGAAUCUGCAGACAGAGACCUACUGUAUGCCAUUGCAGAGCAAAACCACGACUAG